GGGGGCAGUGUUUGCAGCAACUCCUCAGUGCACGUCAAUCGCCGCUGAGCCGGUCGCCGAUUCAAAAUACAAACAAUGGGGAAGAAGCACAAAAAGCACAAGUCCGAUAAACAGGAGCCUGAAGACUUCGGCGAACGGCCGCUGAAGUUGGUGUUAAAAGUGUCUGGGAACGAAGUGACGACGGGAAGCUCGAGUCGGGACACUUUCUACGACGAACAGUCUCAGGAUUAUGAUAAACCGAAGGACAAGAAGAAGAAAAAGAAGAAGGACAAAGACAAGAGCUUAGGCUCUCCUGACAGCGACAAGGGAAAGAAGAAGAUGACUAAGAAAAGGAAGACUCAAGACACCGAGGAUGAAGACAGAGAGCAGUGCAGAACUCCAAUCCGUUCAGAACUGGAUAAACUGGAAGCAGAGAAGGAGCAGACCCCUUUACAAGAGGCUUUAAAUCAACUCAUCAGGCAACUGCAGAGGAAAGACCCAAGUGCAUUCUUCACGUUUCCAGUGACAGACCUGAUUGCUCCAGGUUACUCCUUAGUUAUCAAGCGCCCAAUGGACUUCAGUGCCAUGAAGGACAAAGUGAAGAAAGAGAUGUAUCGCUCUUUGGACGAGCUUAAGGCGGAUUUCAAGCUCAUGUGUGAAAACGCAAUGACCUACAACAAACCAGAGACGAUUUACCACAAAGCAGCCCGUAAUCUCUUGCACUCUGGGAUGAAGAUUUUGAGUCAGGAGAGAAUGCAGAGCCUGAAGCAGAGUAUCCAGUUCAUGUCGGGCCUCGACCCCACUGCCAAGCAGCCUCAGGGACUAGGAGGCUCCAGUCAUAGCCUGAAAAGAGAGAGAAUGGUGACCGCAGACAGCAGCGAGGGCUCGCAGCCACCCGGCACACCCAGACAGGACAAAGACUCCAAGGACGAGGCAGCAAAGGCAGAGAGAGAGCUGGAGGAAAUCCGCAAGGUCAUCGAGGAGUCUGGAGGAAAGCUCUCCAACAGAGUCUUGCAUUGUGACUUGGAGUUCAUGAGGCAGAAGUCUGACGGCUCCACCACCUUGGCUGUUCUCAACCCUGCAGACCCCACGUCUGGAGAUGUGGGCUACUGUCCAGUGAAGCUGGGGAUGAUGAAUAACCGGCUGCAGAACGGCAUCAACGCUCUUCAGGGCUUCAGAGAGGACAAACGCAACCGCGUCACCCCAGUGGCCUACAUGAACUACGGGCCCUUCACCUCCUUCGCUCCAACGUAUGACUCCAGCUUCUCCAACAUCAGCAAGGAUGACUCGGACCUCAUCUACUCCCUCUACGGAGAGGAGUCCAGUCUGCAGGGCUCAGACAGCAUAGCAGAGUUUCUGGCCAAGUCGGAUGAGUACGUGUACAAAAUGGCCGACAAUCUUUUGGACGCCAUGACGAACGGGGAACAUCUGAGGAGCCUGAAAGAGGCGGAGCAAUCCCCCAUCUCUGAGCCAGAGCAAGCUCCAGAGGCCCAGGAGGACAAGGACGACCCGGAGGCAACGGAACCUGAAAAGUCCGAUAUCGACCAAAUGGAGGAGCAACGGACGGCAGAGGAGAAUGAUGGAGGGGCCAUGAACAUCCAGCAGAAACUGGACGAGACCACAAAGCUCCUGACUGACCUGCAGGAAGUCCAGCGGGAGCGUCUGAGCGCCAAGCAGCCUCCAAAUAUGAUCUGCCUGUUGGCACCGACCACCAAAGAGAUGGACCUCGCUGAGAAGGUGACCAAGAACCUGACCGCACUGACCGGACAAGUGGCGCCAUGUGAUGUCAGCAGCGUCUACGCCAUCAGGAGAGCCAUGGGCAUCGCAGUCCCAGCAGAGCCGCUCCUGGACCUGACCACAGUGCAGGACACCACCGACCACAUGGACACGUCCUCACUCUGCCCAGACCUUCCACUAGCUGUCAUGUGACCCGACUCGAUCUUUAGUGUUUUUUUUUUUUUACAUUUCAACCAAUAAAAAUCAAUCUUGUA